UCUAUAAUUAUUUAUCAAUUAUUUUCCUUCCGUGGGAUUCCCACACCGCCUCAAAACCCAGUGUUCUUGCCCCCCACCCCCCACCUCUCUCUCCCUCCUCCUUUCUGUUUAUAUACGUGUAACAUGUUCUUCUUCUUCUUCUAGUUCAAAAUCUCUCUCAUUUUUUUCUCUGGGGUUCUUUUUAUAUUUUCAGUUUUAUCGAAUAAAGCUAAGCUUUGAUCAAAUGGUUGAUAUUCAAACAGUAUGUUGCAUGUGCGGCGACGUUGGUUUCCCUGACAAACUCUUCCGUUGCAACAAAUGUCGCAACCGUUUUCAACACUUGUAUUGUAGCAAUUACUACGGCGAAUUUUCAGAGCCAAUUGAACAGUGUGAUUGGUGUCAAAGUGAAGAGAGAAAUGCAAGACAUGGAAACUCUUCAAAGAAAUCAGUAGCUGAACAUGAUAGCGGAACACUAGUCACAAAACGAUCAGAGUAUUCAGGUGAUCAUAAAAUCAAGCAACAUGAUCGCGAAGAGAAUAGCACUACUAGUAGUGAUCAAAAGGGAAAGAACCCAAGUGGGAUUCCUUCUCCAAGGCCUACUACACGCAGGUACAAGCUUCUCAAGGAUGUCAUGUGUUAAAAGAAAAGGAGUGUCCACAGGGCUGUUCCGAAAGUACUUCUUUGGUUUUGUGCGUUGAUAGAGUGAAAGAAAGCUAAUUAAUUGUAAGUUGUUCAGCUUUUUUAAGUGUUUUUUUUUUCAUCACGAGUUUUGCUUAAUUUGUGCUAUGUUUUCUGUAAGCUGUUAAUAAAAUAAUGUAAGACUUUCUCGAAUCAUCGAUGGCUCAAGUUCUUCAGCUCGUUUUCUUCAUCUUCUUCUUUUUUGCCUUACAAUUCCUCCGGUGAUAGUGAUCUUUAUUUGUUUAAUUUGAUAAAUGUAAUCAGCUAUAUUUCUUAAUACGUAUAAAUUAUACAACUAAUUAAAGUUGAUGCAUAAGUAUGAGGGUAUUAUUGGAUAACUUGUUGGUGUCAAUUGUUAAAGAAAUAUUUACUGAUGGGUGUGUUCUGUGAGUGAUCUAGCUGGCUGGUUGGGGUUUUUUGGUGAUGUCGGAGAGGUUUUCUGUAGGGUUUGUCUCUGUCAUAGCUGCAGUGCUAUUGGGAGGAGUUGCACCUCCUCAUUUGCUUUGUCGAGCAUUCAAUGCAUGCGGAUGUAUUCCUUUUAGGCCAAAUAAUUCAUAUUUCAUAGUACCUACACCCUGCAAGCUUUUACAGAUUCAUUGAAGGCCUUUAAUAGCUAGGCCCUCUAUUAUUGUUGGCCAAAGUAAGCUUUAAACG